UUAUCGACGGAAGUGGCAACACUUACUCGAUAACAAAUAUGGCGCUGAGUCGAGCGACCGCGAUUUUGAAAAGAACGUUUCGCGUAGCCAAACAGGCGAAGAGAAGCGUUCUGUCCGACGCUUACGAGUGUCGGGAAGCGUGGGAAAGUAGACUGUCGAGUCCCGUUCUGAGGGAGGUCGACAUGGACGAGUUCUUCACUCGACUGGAGAAGAAAUUCAAUGCCAAGAGACCCGUGGAUGGAGUGGACGUCGACAUUUUUGCCAAUUGCGUGGUGGAGGAGGACCAGCUGGACGAAUUGGAACAUUUCGUCUACAGAUUCAGGAGGACUCCGUCCGGAGUGGGAAUCUUCGAUUCGACGCAUCACGCUUUCGUUCGCGCUUUCUUGCGCUUCCAUCGAGUCGACGAUUUGUUGAAGAUACUCUUCGAUCGAGUUAAUUACGGAAUAUUCCCCGACUUCUAUUGUUAUAAUAUGUUAAUGGAUUAUUUUCUUCGAAGGAAGAACUAUCGGGACGCCACCAAAGUGGCCGUUCUCGUCAUGUUGCAGGAAGAGUUCUUGCAUCCCGUCACCAAUAGACUCGCCUUGUAUUCUUGCCACUCGUAUCUCCGGGAACCCCUUCCCGAACCUUGGAUUCUGCCUCCGGCUCCGGCCGGAAAAGUAGAAACGGACGAGGAGGAGGAGGAAGAAGAAGUCUUCGUCAGGAUACCCUUCCUCGUCAAUCCCUAUUUCGACGACCACUUCGACCUCCGGGAGCCCGGGGACCUGGUGGGAAAGACGCUGAGUUCCGUCGGCACCGCGCUGGGAGGAGUGGCGGGCCGAACCUACCGACUGGUGGGACUGGGCAUGCGACGGAAGUGGGAGGAGGCCGGCGCGCUCUUGGACGGCUUUGCCUCCGGCGGAGAGACCGUGGCGCGGGAGGGCCUGGAGAGGUUUCGCCGGGAGGUCGGCGGCUGCUCGGAAGGUGCGGAUUCCUCCCUCCGGAGGGUCCUGGAGGGGUCGCUGGCUGCCGCGGAACGGGUCCGGGUCUGGGACGGCGACCUGCACGCCUCCGUCCUGGAGGCGGUCGGAGAGGUGUCCGGCCACGAGUCCGACGACGUGGCCUCCCAGCCGAAACUGUUCCGGUCCUGGGAGAAGAGGAGGGAGACGGAACUCGACCUCCAGCUGCGUCGUAGUCUCGACAGAGAGAAGAAGGAAAAGAUAGAAGCCAAGAGAGACGAAUUGCAGAAGAGAGAAAAAUUACUGUUUUUCUUCGAAAACUGGAACAAAAUAGAAAUGGAACUCGAGGAAGUGAAAAAAAUGCCGAGGGUGGCGGAGAAGACCGAAGAUUACGUUCCUCCGGACGUGCGACGUUCUUAGGUCCGUCGUGCUUUUUGCGUAAAUUACGGACGGCGGCGCAUUAAAUAACUUAAAUGGUAUUAAAGGCCGAAGAAUUUUCCCCUUCCGAAUAGGUCUCGACCGGCUAAAAACGAGAAGGAAAAUAGUUCUGGCCCGGUUUUUUUCUAUUUAUUGUUAUCUUGUGUUUCAAAUACCUUAGUAAUUAAAUAGACGUGUUUAAAAAUAUUAAUUAAAAGUGUGAUUAAAUCGAACAGUACUAAAAAAGAAUAGCCGUAACAUAUGUGAAAAGCUGCUUGACAUUAAUAUCGUAAGCUUUUGAGUUUUAAAAUAAAAUUUUUGAAACAGACUGCAAACAUUAACUUCCAAAUUAACGAGAAUAUGUAGGCGUUACUUUUUUUUUUUUAUUCUUGCUCGCUUGCCAUUUUUUCAAUCACAAUACUAGUAACCUUUGGCAUUUUCAACAGUUUGACUAUAUUAAGCAUUUAUUUUAAAAAUUUGCUUUCGAUGAUGUCGUUUUUAAGUGGACUUAAAUUAGGGAGAGCGUGGUAAUAGGAAAUUUACAUUUAAAACAUCGAAAUCUCUUUAGUUUGCAAGAAUAUUUGUUUUACAAAGAGUAGAAAUGGUCACGGCCAUUCCUUGAGAGAUUUAUAUUAGACAAAACUGUAUAUUACUUGGUUACGUCUGUUUAGGGAUAUUUGUCCUCUGACCGAAUUUGAGCGUCCACUUUUUCUAACUCUCUCGAUAAAUCUCGCACGAUCGCGGUAAUAUCCGAUGCUAAUACUAAGUUAAAAAAUGUCGCAUACCAAAAUAUUUUGAUGUGGAAAAAAUGUAAAUUUGCUUUAUGCUACUUAAAAAUAAGUUAAAUCUAUAAAAUAAAAUUUAAAUCAUAUUUAACAAAUUAUUGAGGAUACUAGAAACAUCAAAUACAUUGGCAUUUUUCCAUUGGGUUUCUAAUGUAUUUGAUGAUAGUUUGAUGUUGCUUUUAUGAUCUGCAUAAGUCUAUAGUUACAGAGGGCAGGGAAAAGAUAAUGAGUUUUUUAUUUAGAUGAAGAUAAUUAGUUCAAAAGUUUUAUUUAGAUAAAUUUGAGAUACUUAUCUCAUCUUAGAGAAGAUAAAAAAAGAUAAAUUUUACUUAUCGAUAUUAAAGUGACAAAAUAAUAGUCUGUCUUUUAAAUUAACUAGAUUUAAUUUAUGGUCUUUGUGAAACUUGUACAAUACUCACGUAUAACAAAUUAUUCUCUUAUAUUUUAGCAUAAGCAUCAUUUUAAAUAGUGGGAUGACAAUCCGAAAACCACAGCUAAACAUUUGUUCGAUGGAACAGAAGAAAUGAUGCAUUUAAAAAAACUUAAAACAACUGGGAAUUUUUUUGACACUUGUAGAGAUGCAAGUUUUGAUGGCAAAAAUCAAGACAUUGAACCCAAAUACGAUUAUUGAAAGUUUGUUUGUCGAGUUGUAUACAUUAAUUUUUUUUAUUGGUCAGUCGUUGCAUCAUUCUGCUGCUGCUUGAACGUAACCACCAAAGUCCAUAACCAUAAAAAUCUGUUAAUGUUCAAAGGAUUGCAGCUCUCCGCAUUUGUAAGGCUUGUAGGACUGCACCCACUAGUGCCCUUUUGGUAAUGUAAAGGUUAAUCCUUAUCGACUUAGAAAUUAAAUGCGUUAUUUGGCAGGAAAAUCUCGUCACUUUACCCUGGCGAGAUUAUAGUGUCUCGGAUGUCGACAAAAUGAUUAGAGUAGGUAAGAUUCCCUCCCAGUUUGACCUUGAUCGAUGAUAUCAAAAAAUUUGGCAUCGACAAAAAUACCCUCCCCUCCCAUCAGCUUGUCCCUGACGUUUACUUUGAAGAUCCAGGUGAUCAUCCCAUGUUUAGGAUUACACUGACAGUUCCAAGAUGGGUGACAAAGUAGGUGCUGCUUUUGUAGUUACUCCGACUUAAGCCACGAGCUUCACAAUGCUUGCUUCCAUCUAGAUACACACUGCUCGAUAGCACAGGCGGAAACUUUAGCUAUUUAUGAGCUUAAUUCACAUUAGGCGUAGGAAGGACAAAAGACACUACUUACACUAUCGCAAUUAUUCUGAUUCUGACAGUAGAGUAGCUUUACACAGUAUUGCAGUCUGAUAGCCACUUAAAACUAGUCCAUUUCAGACACCUAGACAACAACAUUAGAAUAGAUUUCCAAUGGGUCUCAAGUCAUGCGGGGGUUCUCGGCAACAAGACCGCCGACCGUCUUGACAAACAAGGUGCGAAGUCUUUGGUCACUAGUACUUUCGGUUACAUUCCUACUUCAUACAUUGACAGUCACAUCAAGAAGCAAAUCUUCAUUCUCUGUCAUGACAGCUCAGACCAUGACACCUCUGGUAGACUCACCUACACUUUCAUCCCCAAGGUUGACACUAAUGCAAUUCUUUGCCACUUUUACCCUAAUUACACCCUCACUCAGCUACUUACAGGACACUGCAACUUUAAGCAAUACUUGCAUAGAUUUAAUCUUGGGGACAAUCCAAAAUGCAAUUGUAUUCAUGAGGACCAAACAGUUUUUUUCUGCAAUAGGUACAAUCACAUUAGGGAUAGUUUAAUGAGAGCUGCUGUUCUUGAAGGGUACAACUGGCCUUGCAACCCUCACCAACUCAUUCAUACGUGUACAAUGUUCCAUCAUCUACUUGCAUUUACAUCCCUUAGUGAGGCUCUUGAGAGCACUCACUCGGGACACAGAUGGCAAUUAGCUCUCCCUUGCUUUUUUUCAACUGUCGGUAUAUAGCUGCCUUUGUAUUUUAAUUCUUAUUUUCCAUCUUCUUUUUCAGUCUAAAUUAGGUUAGUUUAAGUUAGUCCUAGUUGUAAGUUAGAUUAGGGACUCUUAGCUUUGUUUCCGGUUAGGUUAAAUUAGACUAGGGUUGUUAGCUUUAGUCAUCUGGUUAGAUUCAUUUUAUGUUAUGGUAGAUUAUUUUAUUUAGUAAGUUAAUGUUAAAAAAUAUUGGGGUCUUGCUUGUUUGUCUUUUGUCGGUCUGUUCAUCUUGUCUAGUUUGUCAUUGUGUUCGUCGUUUUUCACGCUGUCUGUCUAGCUGUUAAGUAGUUCUAAUAUUCGCGCUUGCGUUCAGUUUUAUUAGUAUUAAGUAGAUAUAAGUCAUCCUACUAACAGCCAAACUUCAACACUUAGCUAUUCGUGGCAGCACUCAAUCAUUGGUGUUCGCUACAGUCUUGCAGCCUAAAGACUGCACACCAACAUCAAACAUAGAGGGUACUGUAGCCAUAAUUAUGCCAUUCAGAGGGAUCCUACCUUUCUCUACUAUCUAUCCUCUUUCCUUUACACUUUCUUCUGCCUUGUAUGGCCGAAGUCUUUCUUGUAUGUAUGCUGCUCGAGCAUUAAGCUUGUGACACCCAAAAAUAUUUCUGCACAUCUCUUGAUACUGUGUUGGAAAGUGAUUCUGAAAUUUGGGAUGUCUAACUGUAUUCAAAAUGAACUAUUUUGUUUCAUCAUUUGUGAAAUUCAAGGUUUGUUUAAACUUUUUUAAUGAGGCUUUAAUGAAUGGUUCACAAUACUGCCAUUGCUUUUAUAAGUGCAUAACUAUAAACUAUUUUUUAACUACCAAUAUUGUCAGUAUAGCUAUGCCUAAUUAACAUUCACCUUCUAGCAUAGUCAAAGCAGUUGCAAUAGAUUCCAUGAUCAUAAUGUAUUAAAACAAAAUCUCAAGGUAAGAAGCAAUAAUAAAAAUGCAAGGUUGAGCUUGCAUAGUUCAACUAUUUUUGCUUUCUGGGAAAGAGGAGUUUUGAUUGAGAUGUAAUAAUUACAAGUAGCUUGUGAAAAAUAACUCUUCUGAUCAGCUAUUAGUAAUCAUUUACAACAGGAUUGCUUCAUUUUGACAUGCUGAUUCAACAAAUUUAUCUUCUAAUGGUUUAUAAUAUAUUUCUGUAACCUAAGUGUAAUUUUCACUAUUUGGCAGUUUAUGCAACAAUUUGUUUUUCAAAAUUUACAAAGUAAAUUAUCAAAUUACUUUCAAAUUUUUAUUAAUAGACACCUUAUGUGUAAUUUACAUAAUGCCAAACUUAGUUCAAUCGAAACUCAACAGUAAUCACCGAUUGUGUUAAUCUUUAAUUACUAGUGAAAGUGUUUGAAAUAGAUUUGAAAUUACAUUUUAAUUGAUUACACUUGGCUUCGGUAAUUGGUGCGUGUAACUAUAAAUGUAAAUCUUGUCUUGAUAUGAAUUUAAAAAUUUCCUAUCGAGUUACAAUUCCACAUACUGUCUUUCCACACAUGAUACAUUUUGCCUUAAUUUUAUCUUCAAUUUGUUUUUGAUUUUAUACAUCUCCACAAAGGAUUACAAGAAGAGGUUUUGGUCUUUUUGAUAGGAGGCAAACUGUUGGUGUCUGUCUAAAUCCAUAUUAAACAAGGCUACAAGUUAAAACAUCAAGUCUACUCUAGUAAUGUAAAUGUGCUGAAACUUGAAUGCAGUUUUCUAUUUACUGAAUAUUCACAUACAGUCACCGCAAUGAAGCAAAAUGACUGCUCCCAAUGGUAAACUGUACUGUAUCUCCAGAAUUUCGGAUGCUUGAGAUCAUUUGU